CAUAGUUGAGUGCAGUGGAGAAAAUACUGUUGUCUACUUAAAGAUGGGUGUCUUAGGAGAAGUGGCUUCUUUAAACACCAGUUUAGGGGAAUGGCACAGUCCAAUUAACGAGGCGCAUCUACAUAGGCAGGUGUUGUUCAGCAGCUCAGCCUUUUGCCAGGAGCAAGGUGAUUUUCAAAACACUGACAACAUAGGGGUUAACACAACACACAAUUACGCAAUCAAUCUAGAAAAAUAAAGUUGGUUAAACAUGUGUUUAGAAUGGUGUCUGUGUAUGUAUGAUGUUAAACAGAAAUAAGCGUAACCUUUAGGAUGUGUGAUUGGUUGUGAUGCUUGUAGUUAAAGCCUUCACAGCUAUGCAAGGCAGGUAUAGUGGCAUUACACAACAUUAGUUUAUUAGCUUUCUUCCCUCACGUCAUUUCACCUAUACAUUCAAUAUGUAGUGGUCCCUUCUCUUUGGUUGAGUCUCAUACCAAACUUAUUGAUUGAAACUCCUGGCUGUAAAAUGUCCUCAAAUAUAUGCCUCCUAAAGCCAUAAAACUGUUGUUAGUCAGUGUUUCCAGUGCAGUAGGGCCCCCCAAUGUUAAAGUUGUUUUUUGUUGAAGGAGAGACAGUGUGAGGUUUUGGCCUAUUUAAAAUGAGACAAACAAACAAACAAACAAACAAACAGAAAGGUCAGAAAUGCAAGGCAGUCACUCGAACAUAGUGUCUUUAGCUAAAUGUUUCAGUAUUAGUAAGCUCGUAAAAAAAAUAGACAAUAUGUGAGGAAAACAUAAACACAUACAGAGUAGCAUUCCUGCCUCACCUGAUGAUUUGCUAAAAAAUUAGGGCAGGAGAUUCCGUAGAGUUGUGCAGAUCUGAGCUGAAGUUUUGCUACUUGAUUUUCAGAAUGAAUUAUAGUGCUUUAUUUAGUUUAGUAUGAUAGCAAAACACAUUUUUCAACUUGAUGUCUUACAAUAGUGCCUUAUGUUCCUUUAGAAAACCAUAACUGUGAAAUCCUCAAAAACGGUUUUCCUAAAAAGGUCAAAAGUACAUAAAGGAAAGGACUUGUUUCAAAAAUAUUUUUUAUAUAUUUGUUCUUCUUUGGAUUUGUUUUUUAGUCAUUCGGUAUUGCCAAACAUGUUUAUUUGUUAACUUUUCGGAAAUGAAACAGACAAAAAGCCAUUGAGAGAGCAGCAUGCACUGUAUAUCACAUGGGCUUGACCAAUAUGGUAUGUCUAAUUUGGAUUGGUUUUAAGACACUGAUCCUGAAACAGUCCCCACUGUCCACUGGAUUCCUGCUAUAACUCAGUCUACAUCAAAAGAACGAAAUCUGUAUUUGCUUGAGCAGUAAUACUUUUCAGAUUAAUGAUUGAAAACAUUUAAUUUGACAGUUUAAAGCCUUUGGAAAAUGGCUCGAGGAAUUUCAAGUUAUCAUUUUAGUGAAAAUCCUCUUUCAAUUUCCUUCUCUGGAUCUGGAUUCAUGGCUACCUACCAGUUAGGGGUUGCCGAAUGCUUCCUAAAUAAUGCACCGUGGAUACUGCGCACGGCACCUUGUGUCCUGGGUGCCUCUGCUGGGUCUCUGGUGGCAGCUGCUGUAGUCUGUGAAAUGAGCAUGAUAACUAUUCGGGAUGAGAUGCUGCAUUUUGCCGAACAAAUGCAGUCUUUUACACUUGGGCCAUUUAACCCUGCAAUGAAUGUUUCCCACUGGUUGGAGAGUAUUUUACACAAGCAUCUUCCUUCUGAUGCCCACCAAAUGGCCAACGGGCGUCUCUCUGUGUCUAUGACACGCCUGUCUGAUGGCAAGCACAUUCUCACGUCUGAUUUCCAGUCAAAAGAAGAUGUAGUGCAGGCUUUGCUAUGCAGCUGCUUCGUGCCUGUUUACUGCGGUAUGCUGCCUCCAUCCUUCAGAGGAGUAUAUUAUUUGGACGGGGGCUUCAGUGAAAUGCAACCAGUGCUGGUGGCACCCCACAGUGAGACCUUGACUGUGUGUCCAUUCUCCGGAGAGAUAGACAUCUGUCCCACCGACACACCUUGCAGUUGGGACAUGGUGGUGAGUGGCAGCACCUUGAAGAUCAACACGGCUAACGGUUCCAGGAUCAUGAAUGCUCUCUACCCCAUGGCUCUAAAGACUCUGGAACAGGCCUACCACAGCGGCUACAAGGAUGCUAUUAAUUUCCUUCAAAGCCAUAAUCAUGGCCGAUAUUUGAUGAUCCAAAAAUUAUCUCAAGGAACACUUGACUGUAACCAAACAAAAACGUGCAUGAAUCUGAAGACAGACACAGAGAAGGAGAUACAAGUGGAAAAGCAGACUGCUACACUGACAUCUUUUACACCCAAGCGACCCCAGCAGAAAGUCAGCUCUACUGAACAUGAACUAACUGGAGAGAAUAAAAACCCUUCUCUCCAUGUUGACAUGAAAAAGAAAGUUCUGCUCCGCAACGUAGUGACCUAUCACAGCAAUGUUGGACUCCCUGCAAAAAUCUUCUCCAACCUGAUCCUCCCUCUGAUGCUGUUGUUUCACACACUACUUCAGAGUAGACACAGGCUUGAGUUUUGGUUCUGGGCUUGGCAUGUCCUGAGGCACUUUACUAUAUUCUCUUUCAACAUAUGCAUGGGCACCCUCAAGAAGAACAUAAAGGAUCGGCUUGACCCCCCCAUCCUGCUGUUGCAGUGGCUGAUAGCACUUCCAUACGAGGCUCCCAAAAAGCAGAGGCCCGCUGCACCUCGAUGGAAGUUUCUCUCUUCUGCCCAUGGAGGAAAUGUUGGCGUGGGAGACGAAAAAGAUGGUUCAUCCCAGAAGCAUUAACAAGACUAGUUAAUGACGGUUGAUGUAAUUUAAACACUGUAUUAUGUUUAACUCUGGUCAUAAAGGUAAGCCCUUUAGAUUUCCAAUGAAGAGAGAAACAAAGUAUUGAGUUUUGCAUUAAUUCAAAAGGGCUUUAUAGCUUGAUGAUAUGUUUCUAAUAUUGUUGUACUUUCUAAACCACAUGCAGACCUCCACUAAGGCAUUGUUGUAGUAAUAAUCUAGUCAGCCAUGUACUGGAUUUGGGGUAUCAAAAUACCAAGCGACACUACACAGAAUACUUGCCCUCAAUAAUUAAUUGAGGGCACAGUCACGCCAUCAGGAAAUGGGAGCGUGAUCUGAUUUGUCACUGGGUUAUCAAAGUGUCUUAAGAUCAAUGGACACAACAUUGUGGAGUGGGUUAAAUGUCAGUAACUGGGUUUAUGUUAUGCUGUACAACAAUUUAAUUCUUAUCUUCUAAAUAUUCCUAUGUUAUACCUAUUGAAAAUAAUUAUCAACAUUGGUUAAUCUCUGAAAUACUAAUGCGUACAUAAUAUUUAUGUGUUUUAAGCCUACAGGGAUUUCUGAUACCAAAACUAAAAGGUCCACUGCUAUUGGAAUAAUGGUUAGUGGUUCAUCAGCUGAUUUAUGUAAAACAGUAUUCACUUGUACUCAUUUAUGAGUAAUGUAGCGUUCAAGUGCAACGUCCCAAACUAAACCAUUUGCUGCUAGAGAAAUUUUAGCUCCAAGGCACUUAUCUCAAGUGUUACUCAUUUCAAUUCCCUUGAGAGGUGACAAACAGUCCUGUGAUGUGAUGUUUGAACACUGCCCUCUUUCACUACUCGCCCCUUUUGAGCGUAAACAUAUUAUACUUUAUAACUGCUGUUCAUUGAUAUGAUGUUAGGCAUCAGGGGCCUCUAGCAUCUCCUCAUUGAUUUUUUAAAAGUUGUUGCAGGAAAAUGCUAUUCUGUCAAAUGCCGCCAGUGUCAGGCGCCAGUAUGUGCUCCGUUGUAACCAACAUCAAACUGCUUUUGGAAUCAUGUAGACUGCAAUUAAUAAAUGGGACUACUCCUAUUCCUCUUGUACAA